AUGUGGCCGCUGGGAAGCUCUACCACGUCCAAGACCCCAAACAUCCUCGGACUCCGUGAGAAGAUCCUAGCCAAUGCUAGAGUCUGCUUCUCCAAAGAUGCACUCAAGCGACAUCCUCUCCAGAACGACAACGAUCCGCACGAGAACAUCCAUUUGGUCAUCAGCACACUUAAGACAGACAGAGCUCCCAUGUAUAACGCAAUGCUGGUGUAUCAUGAGGAUGUUCUCCUGGCCGAAGGAAACUGGGAACUGACAGUAGUCAAAGCACCCUCUCAGUUACUGCUGUCGAUGGGAGUGAUGAUCCAGGAGCGCUUGGGCCUCCACUUCAUGCUCGACGAACCUGGUAAAAUCUUCCAUGGCGGUGCCGAGGUCAACUUGAAGUAUCUCAAGCAGCGCGAUGCCUAG